UCCGUAUACCCGGAGAGACAGGGAGGACGGAUAGGGGAGGGGAAACUUAUCAUUUACCCGUGAACCUCCGAGAUAUGAGGGACCAACUCAGGACUUAAGCAUAAACCAAACCUUGAACCUCACAAACCUCAACCAACCUCAUUAUAGACAAUAUUUAUACUGACAUUCAUACAAACAAACCUAAAACAUGCAUUUCAAUCAAAGGUUGGGGCUUCCUAUUCUAACCUUUGUAAACCUCGUUUUUAGUGAAGUGUUAUUGGAUAAUAAGAUAAAUGAAACCCCUGCGUUCCUUGGGAACUUCUUAAUAGAAGACUCUUGCCAGUUCCAGCUCUGUGGUUCCUCCUACAGUAGGGAGUGGGGCGGAGAACCCCCUCUUGCUGGUUCCUGCUCCGGAGAUUGCAGUUUGCUGGCCAUAACCCUAAACUCAAACAGGUUCCAUAAGGAGUUCCUGUGGUCCUCCUGCGCUAGGAUGUGCGGGAACAAGUUCCCCGCUGACAGGAACCCUGAGUAUAAGAAUAGGUUCCUCUGCAUGGAGUCCUGCUACUCAGCGUAUUCUCUGGUUUCUCCUCAUCAUAAUAUUGCCAGAUACUGCAUGAAGGCUGCCUGUAAUCCAACCCAAACGGAGCAAAAUUCCUUCCAGAUCGACUGCUUCGAGAGAUGUACGGAGCACGUAUCAAGUACACUACCGGAGUCAACCUGGAAGGUUUGGGCUCAAUCCUUAGCUUCAACCUGCUCCAACCAGACUAAACAACAGGAUAUUCUUUACUCAAGACUGAAGUGUGCUGAUGGAGCAGUAUGGGAGUAUAUCAGCCAGGUUGAAACUAAAGCUGAGGAGAAGCAUGCGUCCUUAUGCCUGGAUACUCUCUGCAACUCCCAGGUUAAAUGCGGAGUCUCCUGUCUCAACCAUAUCCACAACCUUCACAAGAAACAAAGGGAGGAAUGGAGCAAGUGCAGUUUGUCCAUGGAGUGCUCCAAGAAAUCCGAUUGGCAUGCACGCCAGCAGUGCGCUGACGCCUGUCUGCUCCAUAUGGAGCAGGAGAGGGAGCGUGAGCGUGAGAUGAGACUGAGAUCUGAAUCCCAAACCCAGCUGAAGCUCCAAUACUCUAGUCCAGGAUGGAUCCCGUGUCUCCAGAUAUCCCUGUUUACUGCUUCCCUUUCUAUCCUUGUAUUUGUCUAAUGUAAAUAUUCGGUGAUCUCUCUAAUCAGUAUUCUUAAUAAAAUUUUGCUCACAAAA